CUCGAGUAUAACAAUCACAACUGUGACAAAUGGCCGGUGUGCCGCAAAAGACUUUGAACUGGCUGUAUGAUGUCUUGAAGCGUGAAUACCGAGAUCCAAAUCGAACCUACUCCGACCUUGCCCAUGUGCUCGCCCGCAACCCUGGGUUUGCACCUCGAACAGAUGUUUUCAGUGAGUUGGUAGGAUAUAAAGAGUAGGCUGGGGUGAUUGACAGCAUAACUAGCGUUCGAGAAUGGAGCCUCAGCGCUGCUAGUACAUUUCAGAGGAACAAUCCCGGUCAACUUUCGAGGGAACAUCUAUCGGUUUCCGAUUUCGCUAUGGGUGCCACAUACAUACCCAUAUGAGCCGCCGAUAUGGUAUGUCACACCAACAGAGGACAUGAUGAUCCGUCCGGGACAACAUGUGAGUGGAGAUGGAAAGGUAUAUCAUCCAUACCUGGCACAUUGGAGGGAAGCUUGGGAGAGAUCCAACAUCGUCGAUUUCCUAUCCAUACUUUCUGAUGUCUUUGCAAAAGAACCACCCGUUGUAGCCAGGGGUCAACCACAACAAAGACCGUCUCAACCAACACCACCACCCGUCCCGCCUUUACCAAGGGAAAUCCAACCGCAUCCUCUGACUAUGCCGAUGUCGAGUACACCACCACCGCAUCAAGGACCUCCGCCACCUCCUCCGAAGCAACCAUCACAAGGCGUGUCGAGUCCGCCAUCAGGAAGUCCAGGUCAGCCGCUGAGCCGAUAUAACGCUCCUCCGCCGCUACCGCCACAUCCACCAAGUCCAGGUCCACUACAUCAGCAGCAGCCAUAUGGAAAUGGUGAUGAUCCUAGGUCAGCUGGCGGCAUGAACUUCAUGCCUCAACGAACUAGCAGUCUCAGAAAAUCCAUGCUUUCACAGCAGCAACAGCAACAGCAACCUCAAUAUCAACCUCAGCCUUCCAGACCAGGAGACGGCCAGCACUAUCCUCCCCAGCAGCCCCCCGGUCCGAUGAGCCCACAACCGGGCCAAGGUUAUGACACAAGAUCUCAACCCGACCAGUAUCGCCAGAUACCCCAUCAACAAGGCCAACCUCAGUACCCUCCUCAACACUACCCGCCCAGCCAACAGCCGGCGCCUCAACAAUCACACCCGCAAUACUACCCUCGACAGACCCCAUCGAAAUCUAAACCUGCCUCUGCACCCGACCUGAUGGACUCCCCCUUCGAUAUCUCCCUUCCUGGUCCUACGUCGACAUUUUCGCACCCCUCGAACACGAACAUCCCUGCUCCCCCAAUCCCGGUCAACCCUGAGAAAGAAGCCCUCCUGUCACACCUCUCGCACCAAAUCACGUCCUCACUACACAACCAAAUCAGCCAAUCAACAUCCGCGCUGCCCGCUCUCCAGUCCCAGAACGCCGCCCUCCAGUCCACCCUGCACAGCCUUGGCUCCGAACUAUCCAACCUCCAAACGCUCCACUCCACUCUGACCUCGAACCUGUCUCUUCUUUCCACGUCGCUCUCCAAGUCCGACAGUGUAAUAUCCUCGGCCCGCCAGCGCGCAAGUCAGAACGACAUUCCGCACGUCGACGAAAUGCUCGUCCCGCCGACCGUAGUGGCGCGGCAGCUAUACGACGCGGCAUGCGAGGAGAGGGGGAUUGAAGCUGCUAUACUGGCGUUGCAGGAAGGGUUCGUGAGAGGCCGGGUCGGCGCGGAUGUCUGGAGCAGGAAGACGAGGGAGCUGGCACGCGAAGAGUUCAAGAGGAGGUGGAUGGAACGGAAGGUAGCAAAGGGGAUGGGGUUGGAUUUGAGUCUCUAUGGAUCGUGACCUCGCAUUAAAUGGCUCUAAUGAGGCUCUUGUUGCGUGUCGGAUAGACAAUGGGAUUGACGGAGACAAUAAGCACAUCGGGGAGGUGGAAAGGGGGUCAGAUUCGGAGGAUGGCAAAGGCUAGAGUACUAUCGUACAUGUCAUGAACGAGUUCUGUUUAACGCGUGCC